UAUUUUCCUUGCUAGUCUGCCACUUGACUACGCUGCGGCAUUUGUCAGAUCUGCAAUUUCGGACUGCUCUCGACUUUCCUACCAGUUCUUGGGCUCGUCGGUGGCGGUCAAAAGUCUUUUGCGACGAUCAAAGGGACUCGGAGCACGCAUGACGAUCCCUACAUUCGGGGGGCUUCGGCUUCCCGCGAAACGGCUAGCGAUGAUCAUUUCACCGCGCAUCUUUUGGAGCCGCGUGAUGGUGAAAAAGUUGCGAUGGCAAGACAUAAGACGGAAAUUGUGGAGUCCCACGGAGCCGCCGGCACCGCGAGUAUUUUCGGAGCCACAGUGGCAGGGACAUGUGAGUCUCUGGUACUUCCUGUACCGUUGGUUCGUCUUUGGUUGUUGGAUUGCGAUAAUCGUCUGCUCGCUCUUCGACAUAGGAAGCCGACAUCCCGAAGGUAGAAAGGAAACCUGGCCAAUCUACCUGACGCAUUGGGACCUGGUGCUAGGCGCAAGCCAGGCAUUCCUCGGAGCGAUCUUGGUCUCGAGAAGACGGAACCAGGAGCGCCGAUCGAGCUUUGACGCGGAGGCUUUAACGCUGGGAAAAAUUGAGCGAAUGUACUGGGUCCUUUACACCAUUACAUCCUCAAUUGCAGUCUGCGUGACGAUAGCCUACUGGGGUGCAAUAUACGACCCAAGAAUCCACUCCAAGGAUGCUCUCAACUUUAUGCUCCACCUCUUCAACACCAUUCUGAUGCUAGUCGACCUCUUGGUCGUCGGGGUGCCGCUGAGGGUUGAACAUUUCUGGUGGUCAUUGACCUGCGUCGUCCUCUACGUUAUCUUCACGAUAUUCUACUACCUCGCCGGUGGCCUUGAUAAGCACGGUUACCAUUACAUUUACAAGAUACUUGACUGGGAGCAGCCUGGUCGAACAACCCUUGUCUGUUUGGGCGGUUUCGCCUUCCUCACGAUAGUCCACUGCAUUCUCUGUUCCUUUGCACGGCUGAGAAUAUACGUUAGGGCCAAGGCCGUUGGGACCAUGGCUACUGCGACGAUAUCACAGAAAGCGAAAAUGGACUUCGCGUUACCCCGAACGAAGUCUAUCGAACUUGUGGUUUGAUCGACAGAUCGUUCGUUCGACGCGACAACUAAUUAGCUCAACUUCUUCAGUAUUAUACAUUAUAAGCAUGUUAUUGAACAUACGUGCGCCUAAGUGCUCAAUUCUCUUGGAUUCGCAUGUAGCUCUACGUGAUACGUAAUGUAAUCUCGUAUCACUCUGCUCUUCGUGUUAUUCCCGUUGGAAUCUCGGCAAUUAAGAGAUCGCCAACGCUUAAUUUACGGCCUUAACGUUGCGGCACGUCCGAUGCAAAGAUGACACCAAUGAAGCGUAUAAGAACGUCGUUCCGUAUAGUUAUAUUGUGUGGUGUAUAUUAAAUAGUACGAGUUUAAUUGUGUUAAAAAUGACAGCUUCGGAAAUGGUUGCAUACUAUAGAUUAUAGUGUUACGUAACCUGUUAUUCCACUAAUAUAAAUCUGUGUAAUAAGUUGGAUGCGUAACACUUUAAUAUAAUUAUAGGUAUAUUAUAUAUGCAAAUCCAUUUCUCAUCAAAUGAUACACAGAUUUAACGAACAUCGUCUGGCUAUAAACUAGCUGGUGAUGGUCCAAAUUGACUACGGAGAGUGUAAUUAUAGUUUGUCACAGUCUUACGAUUUUGAGAUUCUUCUAUUUGCGAUACAUGCGCUAAAUAUAUAAUUCUUACUCGCUUGCUCGCCAUUAAUUUAUUGUAUUUUUUCUUUUUAAAUUUUAUUUGAUAAAAUUAUUCAGCGCAGUAUUUCGUUGUUCCUUAUUUCUAUUGGUAUACGUUCCAUAUUAAUAUAAUUACGCUAAGUAUACGUGAAAAUAUAUUACAUAUUUAUAAUGAAAAAAUAUGCAAUUGUAGAUCAUUCAAUACAUACUCUCUUGCAAAUUCUCUAGAGGAAAAUUGUUCGAACUUUUUCAAGAAGAAUCUAUCUUUUUAAAUCCAAUCCGUUAAAUCUCAAUCAUUCUUUUUUCUACAUAGGCAUACUUCCUGAGUUAAUAUUAUGGUUUACGUUUAGCUUUGUUGGGAUACUUUUAGUUAGGUAGACAUAACAAAUAAAGUUCCAUCCCAUAUCACUGUACGCAUUGUCUUCAAAUGUCAAUUAAU